AUGAAUUUAGAAACAAAUUGGCCAAAUUUUUAUGGUAAAGGUGAUAUAAUUUGCGAUCAAAUAUCUGAAGAAUACAUGAGGCUUGGUAAAAAUGAUGUGUCUUCCUUAACUGAUUAUAUAGAUUUUACUGAUGAUCACUUUGACCGUCAUAAAGACUAUACAGAUCAAGAUCAAUUACAAGGCAAAUGUGAUUCUUCUUUGGGAUUAGAAAAUGAAAAAUGUUUAUCAACCGAUGGAAAAACCUGCACUAAAUUAUCAGAUAUAUCUGAUUACAAAAACAAUGAUACAUUAAAAAACCAAUUUGUGAAUUUCAAAGCAGAUUAUAUGGACAUGCAAAAUUAUCUUUAUGGAGAUGAAAAGAAUAAGGGCAUUAAUUCAAAUACAUUACCUAUUGAUGAAAAUUUACUAAAAUAUUUAGGCUAUAGCAAAGAUUUACUAAAGAAAAAUUUUUCUGUAAUACCAUCUCACUCUAAUGAAGGACCAUAUAGAAUAUUAAAUGGAAAUUUUCCUAUUGGCACACUACAUAAUGGAUGCAGAUUUAUCAUAGGGGAAGACGGAUGUGGAAAAAACAAUGUCACGGUUCCUUUUUUAGGUAAUGCAAUCUUUGAUGCAAGUAAUUUAAAUAUAAAAAUAGGAGAUAAACUUCAAGUAUCAAAUAAAAAUCCUAUAGCUAUACCUAAUAAUGAAAAACUAAUUAUUAAUGAUAUACCUGUGGAAGGCACUUGUGCUAAAGGGUUCAAGCCAACAGAUAAUGAAAAUCCUCCUACAAGAACAUGUAGAGUUAUUGUUAAACAAGAUAGUAAUACAAUAAUCACAAAAUCAUGGUCUAACGCAAAGAUUAAUAAUCCAUGUAUAAGUAAUAAUCAAUCCAAUGGUUAA